AUGGAUAAUAUUGGUGUACUCUCAUUUAUAAAAAAUCAUAGUUUUCAAUUUACAAAUAGUAUUUUUUAUGGAUUAUCUAUCAGAACUAGAGUAUCAAAAACAGAUGAAAGCUCUUUUAAUGUAGUAAAGAGAAUGGUUUUAAAUCCAGAGCAAUCACAGAGAUUUUUAAUUGAUCUUAUCCAACAUUAUCUAGGUUCUUCAGCAAUUAGUAUUUGUAUUUCGCCAGCUUUAGAUUUAAUUGAAAAUAAUACUCAAUAUAUAAUUUUUUCAAACAUCAAAUAUUUGCUCGAAAACUUUUUUUUAAAUUUAUUUGCUUUAAAGUCAGAAAAAACAUCUCCAUUCUCAAUUAUAGAGUUAAUUAAACAAAGACCAAAACAAAUUUUAAGCAGCUUAGUUUAUAUACAAUGUAUUAACUAUCUCGAAACCUAUACUUAUGACCUCUAUUUUAACAAAGUUUCAAAUUAUUAUAUGAAAUAUUUUAAAGAUUAUACAAGAAGCCCACAACAAGAAAAAAUAUUACAAAUAAUCAUUUUUAUAAUUUCAAAUACAAUAGCAGCUAGUACAAUUCAUGCAAUUAUUUCCUCUCCAUUUAAAAAUAUUGUAUCUAGUUAUUAUAGAAAAUUAAUUGACUCUUUUGAAUCACCCAAUGAAAAAGAUAGUUUCUCCUUUGUUCAAUUAAAUCCCGUCAGUGCUGCUUUCCAACAAAUUAAGAAAAAAGGUUUUAUUGGAGCUUUUUAUACAGGAGCACCAUUAACAUUUUCAGCUACUGCUUUUAGUAUCUUAUUUUGUCCAAACGAAAUAAUUGAUCAAAUGUAA